AUGAUUCAAAUCAGAAAACCCGUUCCAACUCACCAAUUCAACCUACACUCAUUAUACUUUCACCAAAUCCGAACUUACAACAAAAUGGCUCUUAAAGCGAAAAUUAACUCUUCUAUGCUCCCAGAGCUUAGCACUCCCAAUCCUGUCAAUCCUCCAACCUACUCUAAAUUCGCACCAGCUUAUGACCCCAAUGAUAUGCUUGCCUCUUCUAAGAAGGGCGUUUAUAAAAUCACCCUCAACAGACCAACUAAACUCAACUGUAUUGACCAGUCCAUGAUUGAUAAAAUUAUUCCUCAACUUAGAGAAUGGUCAGCAGAAAAAAAUGCUCAGGUCAUUAUUAUUAAAGGUUCAGGGAACAGAGCUCUCAGUGCAGGUGGUGAUGUUGCAGCUCUUGCCAAGGAUAAUUACUACAAUGGACAUGAGGGAUCCGCUCGCUCAACAAUUUAUUUCAGAGAUGAAUACUAUCUCAACCACUUACUUGCUACUUACCGUAGACCUGUCAUUUCCGUUAUGAAUGGAAUUACAAUGGGUGGAGGCGUUGGUAUUAGUGUCCAUGCCCCAUUCCGCAUUAUUACAGAAAAAACUCUUUUCGCCAUGCCUGAAGCUGAUAUUGGCUUUUUCCCUGAUGUUGGUGGAACAUACUUUUUGCCUCGGUUAGAUGGUCAAACCGGUAUCUACUUAGGCUUGACUUCUAAGCGAUUGAAAGGUUAUGAUGCCUAUGUCGCUGGUGUUGGCACCCAUUUCAUUUCCGAGUCUCUUCUCCCAGAAGUUGAGGCACGCCUUGUGGAGGUUUUCAGUCACCGGUCAGCCUCAACCCAUGAUGCUUUUGAAUUGGUCAAUUCUGUUUUAAUGGAGUUUGAGUCACCACCACCUGAAGGUUACAAGUUUUUCUUGACUAGCAAGACUCGCAAAAUGAUUGAUGAAUGUUUUUCGCUGGAAACUGCAGAGGAAAUUGCCGCAGCUUUAGCCGCAGAUGGCUCGGAGAUUGCCCUUGAGGCUCGGAAAAAUAUGCUUGCUAGAUCGCCAACCUCGGUUAAAGUGACACUGGCUGCCAUGAGAAGAGCAAGACACUUGGGAAUUCGACAUGCAUUGGAAGCUGAGCUGCGCUUAGCUGAAAACUUUAUGUAUGGCAAAGAGUUUAUUGAAGGAGUCAAUGCCAAGCUCAUUUCUAAGCCUGCCCGGGAUCCACGAUGGAAUCCUCCUAGGUUGGAAGAUGUCAGUGAUGAGCUUGUGGAGCAGUAUCUUGGGAACAGACCAAAUAGUGUUGUUGAGGGCAAUAAGUUUUUCCAUCCUGAACACAAUGGACUUUACCCAAGGCAUCACUUUGGUCUCCCCGCAGAAAGACAUGUUAAGGAAUACAUUACAGGAAGCAAGUUUGGUAGAAAGACUAGAGUAUCUGCUCAAGAAGUGUUGGACUUUUUCACCCAUGAGACUCAAUCCAAGUAUGGAGUACAUGAAAAGAUUCAGGAUAUUCUUGAUCGUAAGACCAAGCCUCAUCCUUUGAACAAUAAUCUUUUGGAAUGGAUUUACUAG